UACAAGUUGAGCUGACGGACAAAGCUGGAGAAGUUGGUGGUUUUGAAGGAGUCGGCGCUGCCCGCGGUGAUGGCACUUGGAGACAGGAUCUGCUUCUCGAACAGCUGCUGGUCAAUGACGAUUACCUCACCCUGGUGGUCCCAGCAGAUGGCGUUGUAGGCCGGGUUGUUCACCAGACGCCACAGCUUUGCAGGAAAAUUGCUGGGGUUGAUCGAGUCCGGGAGUGAAUUUAAACCGACUUCCAUGCCUCUGCCUGUGCAACUGAGACAGACCAUUGACCAGUUUGAAUAUGAUGGCUGUGACAACUGUGAGUCAUACCUCCAGAUGAAGGGGAACCGAGAGAUGGUGUAUGAAUGCACAAGUUCCUCGUUUGAUGGUGUGAUCGCCAUGAUGAGUCCUGAAGAUAGCUGGGUGGCUAAAUGGCAGAGAAUAGGCAACUUCAAGCCAGGUGUAUAUGCCGUUUCAGUGACUGGCAGACUACCUCCAGGCGUAGUGAGAGAGCUGAAAAGCAGAGGGGUGAUCUACAAAUCCAGAGACACGGCAGUGAAGACGUAAAUCCUGCUGAUUGUCCCCAGAGCUGGAUCAUACUGUUUCACCAUGUCUGUGAUGUCUUGUGGAAAUGUUGAGUUUUUGGAGGUUUUUAAAUUUGGGGGGGAAAAAAACAAAGAUUGCUGACACAUAAGAAAAGGUAGAUAUGUCUUAUUUGUUUGAAUAGUUUACGUGAAAUAAAAACCUGUUUUAUAAAAAAA